AUGGAAAACAUUUUCCCGUUGCAAGAAAAUGUUGAGAUAGAAGAGAUUUAUGGAAGCAAGAGGCCUAAUGCAAACCCCCCGAAAGAUUCCAAAGCAUUUAGAAUGAAGAGUGGAGCCCAGGACUUUAUGGAUGUCGAGACAUACCACGUAAGGUUGCCAAGCUGGUUUCGAAAGGGUGAGGUGAGCCCAUUAGAAUUCAAUUGCAUGGGCGAGGUUAUCCAAGCGAUUGGAAAGGAGGAAUAUGUGCGGAACAGAGACAGGAUAAUUGGCAGUUACGAAGAAGGAAACAGGCCAAUAACGAUUGGAGGGGCACUUGCAUUAGUAGAUAUAGAUAUUGAGAUGAUGUUGAAAAUUUUUUCGUUUAUUGAGAGAUGGGGGCUAAUCAAUUAUCGUAGCCUGAUUGAAAAGGAGAUAAGGAAUCUUAGGUCGUAUGAUGGUGUGGAUACAAAAUCCAUGGAAGAUGUUCCAAAGGAGGAGUGCCCUAAAGAAAGGGUUGAUGUGAAGGAGCAACUGGAGAAGGCAGCUUGUGGGUGUGGGGGAAAAGCAACCUUUUUUACAAGGUCUUUGGUGUUCAGAUGCACUAAGUGUAUUGACGACGGCGAUUAUCCGCAAGAGGUUCUAAGAUCUGAUUUUAUUCCCAUCACUGAAUCUCUGGUAAAGCAAAUGUGGUCAAAGAAGGAAGAGUUUCUUCUGUUGGAGGGGAUUAGCAAGUUUGGGGAUGAGUGGGAAUCUGUAAGCCAAUAUGUGCAAACCAAGACGAAGGAGCAGUGCAUAUUCCAUUUCCUUCGUCUUCCUAUAUUGGAAAACACACUUUCAAAGGCAGACCUUAGUAUCGGUAAACUGUUUGAGACGGCAGAAAACCCGAUUAUGUGCAUUGUUGCUUUUGUAUGUGGAAUUGUUCAUCCGAAGGUUGCGUCUGAAUGUGCGAAGACAGCUAUCAAGUACAUAAGUGAAUGUUCUCAGGACUCUGUCAUUCAGCACAUACUAGAUGCAGGAAGAAGAAAGGCACAUGAACAAAGGGAUUUGGAAAGAAGAAAAAUAGAAAGGCUCAAGAAUGUAAUAUGCGAAGCAUUGUUGAAUAAGAUCAAGAUGAAAAUAGGAACAUAUAAGGAAUUGUAUUUAUCCACACAAAGGGUACGCAGUGAGCUGAUUGCACUAAGAAGAGGGCUUGCAGAGGAUAUAAACCCUGGGGGUGACGAGUGA